AUGCACACCCGCCGCUUGCCGCAAAAAGAUCUGAGAGUAAAGAAGAACUUUAAGAAAUUUAGGUAUGUGAAGUUGAUUUCCAUGGAAACCUCAUCAUCCUCUGAUGACAGUUGUGACAGCUUUGCUUCUGAUAAUUUUGCAAACACGAAACCUAAAUUCAGGUCAGAUAUCAGUGAAGAACUGGCAAGUGUUUUUUAUGAGGACUCUGAUAAUGAAUCUUUCUGCGGCUUUUCAGAAAGUGAGGUGCAAGAUGUAUUAGACCAUUGUGGAUUUUUACAGAAACCAAGGCCAGAUGUCACUAACGAACUGGCCAGUAUUUUUCAUGCCGACUCUGAUGAUGAAUCAUUUUGCGGUUUCUCAGAAAGUGAGAUACAAGAUGGAAUGAAAUCUCAGUCGGACCGAGCUGGCUGCAGGACUCGUAGUCAAUGUAGACGUUCUGGCCCACUUCGAGUGGCCAUGAAGUUUCCAGCACGAAACACCAGGAGACCAGCUCCCCAGAAAGCAGCAUCCCCCAAGCCCUCCGAGAUGGAUGCCAUUUCUGAUUCAGAAGAUGAAAGUGGUAUGAGCUUCCUGGAGAAAAGGGCUUCAAAUAUAAAGCAGAACAAAGCAAUGCUGGCAAAACUAAUGGCAGAAUUAGAAAGUUUCUCUGGUCCAUUCCCUGGAAGGCGCAUCAUGCCUAUACACAGUUCGCAACCCAAGACACCUCGAAGGCGCUUGUUCCAGGGUGUGACUUCCAGGAGAAACCCAGAGCGAAGAGCUCGACCUGUCACAAGGGCCCGCUCCAGACUCCUGGGCUCUCUCGGUGCCCUCCCCACAGAAGAGGAGGUGGAGGAGGAGGAAGAGGAGGAUGACAAGUACAUGUUGGUGAGGAGGAGGAAGACUUUUGAUAAUUUCAUGAACGAAGAUUACACGCCUAGGAGUCGUCGUCCUGGGUCAAUGACUCUUCCACAUAUCAUACGCCCUGUGGAAGAGAUCACAGAGGAGGAGCUGGAGAAUAUAUGCAGCAACUCUAGAGAGAAGAUUUAUAGCAGUUCAACGGGAUCUACUUGUCAUCAGUGUCGCCAGAAAACAAUUGAUACCAAAACAAAUUGCAGAAACCCCGAAUGCUGGGGGGUUAGAGGCCAAUUCUGUGGUCCCUGCCUUCGAAACCGCUAUGGGGAGGAGGUGAAGGAAGCUCUGCUGGACCCAAAUUGGCACUGUCCACCCUGUCGUGGAAUCUGCAACUGUAGUUUCUGUCGGCAGCGAGAUGGGCGCUGUGCAACCGGAGUCCUUGUGUAUCUGGCCAAGUACCAUGGCUUUGGGAAUGUGCAUGCGUACUUGAAAAGUCUGAAACAGGAAUUUGAAAUGCAAGAAUAAUGUUCGAGAGAUCCACCACAACCUAUCCCUUUACCAUCUUCAAGUUUUCCAUUUUUCUUCUGAUUGAAACCAGCAUUUGGAGUUUGGAUGCAUCAUUCUGUUUUGUAGGAUGCU